AUGGUGUUCGACAACAAAGCUACCUCCGGAGAGGCCAAUGGCGAGCACAUUCCCGAUGACGAGCCCGGUGGCAAAUAUGGCUAUCGACUGGGACACUCGGAGGGAUCCUACACCAUCCCUGACCGGGUGCUCAACAAGGUGGACGAUCGUAAAGUUCGCGUCCUGACAAUAGGAGCUGGAGUCAGCGGCAUUCUCAUGGCAUACCUCAUUCAGCGAGAUUGCACCAACGUCGAGCAUGUAAUCUAUGAGAAGAAUGGAGAUAUUGGAGGAACUUGGCUGGAAAAUCGAUACCCUGGGUACCGCAAACCUUUGCCGUUCGCAUUGAAUGCCGACUGGCCCAAGUAUCUGAGUCCAUCAGACGACAUAUUCAGAUAUCUUGCUCGUGUCGUUGACUGUUUCGAGCUUCGACGGUUCAUGAGCUUUAACACUUCAGUUCGAAGUUGUGAGUGGAACGAGAAUGACGGGCAGUGGCACGUCAAACUCAAGAAUGUUGAGACUGGGGAGGAGUUCUCGGACAGUUGUCACGUUCUCAUCGGGGCCAAUGGUCUGUUGAAUUCUUGGAAGUAUCCCGAGGAGGUGGAGAAUCUCCACGAUUUCAAGGGCAGGCUAGUGCACACCGCACGGUGGCCAGAUGAAUACGGGCCAGAGCAGUGGUCUCAAGAGCGGGUCGCCGUGUUAGGCUCAGGGGCGUCUGCAAUACAGGUUGUACCAGCUAUGCAGACCACCGGGGUCAAGCACAUGGAUGUGUUCGUCCGUACGCCCGUCUGGUUUGCAGAGCUCGCAGGUCAUUCCGGUCAAAACCACGAAUAUCCCGAAGAGCAACGACAAAAGCUACGAGACGACACAAAUGAGUUACUUGUCACCGCUAGAUCAAUCGAAGGAGGACUCAACGGCAUCAUGGGUAUCAAGGCCAUGAUGAAGCACAGCGCAGAGUCGAGAGCGGUACGAGACUACUUCAAGAAGCGAAUGGGCGAGCACCUCCAAAAUCAGGAGAUCUUCGAGCAGCUACUUCCAAAUUUCUCUGUUGGGUGCCGACGUCUUACCCCAGGCGAUCCGUUCAUGAAAGCAGUUCAAGCCGAAAAUGUCAAACUACACAAAGGAGCUGUCACCAGAAUCGAGAGAAACAAAGUGAUAGGUACCAAUGGAGACGAAUGCGAAGUUGACACUCUGAUCUGUGCGACUGGUUUCGAUGUCAGCUACGUCCCGCGGUACCUGAUGAAAGGUCGAAACGGAGUGACGUUGCAAGAAAAGUGGAAGACGAUACCUGAAGGGUACAUGGGCCUUGCUGUGCCAGACAUGCCAAACUAUUACAUAUUCCAAGGGCCAACGUUCCCUGUUUCCAACGGAUCCGUCAUGGGGCCCUUGCAAGCAGUCGGCGCUUACAUUGUGCAGAUCAUUCAGAAGAUGCAAAAAGAGCGCAUCCACUCUUUCUCACCGAAACAGGAAGUUGCCGACGCCUUCAACAGCCAUACUCAAGUCUGGAUCGCUGGAAGUACUUGGUCUGAUCCCAACUGCCGCAGCUGGUACAAGAACAACGAAACGGGUAGAGUCAAUGCCGUGUGGCCUGGAAGCAGUUUACACUACUGCGAGAUGAUUGAGACCCCUCGGUAUGAAGACUACGACAUCAAGUACGAAAACUCGGCGAACAUGUUCGCAUUCAUGGGGCUCGGCUUCACGAGAAACCAGGUUGCGGAGAACGGCGACCUUGCUCCUUACAUGAACGAUGCCGUUCUAGAGAAGAAGUUCUAUAGUUUCGAGUUGAGCCCUGAUGAGGAAGAGAGGAUUAAGAACAGGAAAUAUAACGUUCAUGAUGGGCCGGAUAGGAUAAGGUUGCAUGCCAAUGUGACGAAUGGUGUGAAUGGAGCACAUUAG